AUGGAGACUGCAGGAAAGACAAUCACAUGCCGGGCAGCCAUUGCCUGGAAAGAAAAGUCUCCUCUUAAAAUUGAAGAAGUGCAGGUUGAGCCACCGAAAUCUGGAGAAGUUCGCAUUAAGAUGGCUUCUACAGGGAUCUGUGGUACCGAUGACCACGUGCUGAAAGGAGACCUCUCUAUGAAAUAUCCUUUAAUUCCGGGUCAUGAGGGAGCAGGCAUUGUGGAGUCUGUCGGGGAUGGGGUUUGCUCUGUGAAACCAGGAGAUAAAGUCCUCACGCUCAUUGUUCCACAGUGUGGACAAUGUGACGCCUGCCUGCACUGCCUAGGAAACUUCUGUGACAAGCAAGAUAUUCUCCCGUGUUCCGGGGUGAUGAUGGAUGGGACCUCGAGGUUUUCCUGCCAAGGACAGAUGGUUUAUCAUUCUUUCCGCACGAGCACAUUCACCGAGUACACUGUUGUGCCCGAGUUCGCUGUGGUAAAAAUUGAUGAUGCGGCUCCAUUGGAUAAAGUUUGUCUCAUAAGCUGUGGCGUCCCUACAGGCUAUGGGGCUGCUGUUAACUCAGCCAAGGUCACCCCUGGCUCCACUUGCGUGGUUUUUGGACUCGGAGGGGUCGGCUCAGCCAUUGUCAUGGGCUGCAAAGCUUCUGGUGCUUCUCGAAUCAUCGGGGUUGACAUCAAUGAGCAUAAGUUUCCCCGGGCAAGAGCCUUGGGUGUCACUGACUGUCUCAACCCUACCAAGCUGCAGAAGCCUGUCCACGAGGUGGUGAUGGAAAUGACAGGUGUCGGUGCUAACUUUGCCUUUGAGGCCGUCGGAAAGAUUGAAACCAUGCUCGCUGCUUGGAACUCCUGCAACAGCAGCUACGGGGUCUGUCUGAUCGUCGGGGUGGCUCCAGUAAAUGCACAGCUGUGCCUUCAGGCGGUCCCGAUUGUGUCCGGAAAAACCCUGAAGGGCGUGUGUCUGGGAGAUUAUAAGACCAAAGAAUGUAUUCCCCAGCUAGUAACCGACUAUCUCCAAAACAAGAUUAACAUAGAUCCACUAGUGACUCAUCAGCUGCCUUUUAACGAACUCCACAAAGCCAUGAAACUGUAUUAUAAAGGAAAAACCAUCCGCUGUGUUCUACUCUUCUGAGAUCUCAAUGCUGAAAGUGCAAGAGCAUCCCGAAUGGCUUUCCUUCCUUUCCUGUUUCAACUAUGAUUAUCCCCGAGCUGCCAGAAGAGACGGUGCAUCAGUGGCAGGAAGACAGUGUAGCUGUAUAUCGUGAAAUGAGGGC